AUGAGGAUGCGACUCCCGCCCCUGACGGAGGCGCGUAUCCUCCUCAUUACACAGGGUUCGGGGGCGCAACAGCUGAGUCGCUGGCGCUUUGAGGUACUGCAGGCGUUAACCCACUGCCGUGCCCUCGUUAUCCAUGAGGGACAGCAGGAAGGACACGCGGAGUCCGUUAACGUUACUGAAGCUGCGGAGGAUGUUCUUCUGAUUCGCACUGGGGAUCCCAAGCAGCCCACGGGAGGCGGCGGCAAUGAGAUACAGUUUGCGACCACCGACCGGCUCCUACAGAAGAUGGUGGGUAUCAGGGGAGUGGCCCAUGCUGAUGCUGGGCUGGUUGCAGGCGUAUCGUGCCGUGUCCCUUACGCGGCCUUGUCGCGGGUGCAGAGCCUCCCUGGCAUUGGCUGCCAUGGGACAGAGGUAGACCGCCUGGUUUGCCAAGCAUUGGGCGGCUUGCGUCCACUAGCACAGCCAGGGAAGCGGCUCUACGUGAUCCAGUGGCAGCCAGGACUCCAAUUUCUGGAGAUACCCGAGUCGACGGAGGGCUACCGCAUCUGGCAGCCAGAACGCCUGAAGCACCUUUUGUCUAUUGUCUUCACUCAUCUAUACAUCACGCAGGGCCACAGAAUACGAGCACUUGGUGGGCAGCGCUUGGUGCUGGUCAACCCAGCCAAUCGAGUCCUGUUUAACUUCCAAACGUACGUUGGCCUGAGCAAUGCCGGGCUGACGGAUCAGAAUGAUCAACUCCAGCCGAGUGAUGUGGAAAAGGGGAAGCUCCUCGCGGAGUGGGCCAGAGAACAGGGCCCGACGCUGCCUGCACCGGAGGAGAUCACCGCUGUCCAGCAAGCGGAGGCUGUCUGGAAGUUCCUGGACCGCAGACCUGUGGAGCUUGGUCCAUUCAUCGAUCUCUUCACGGCUUGUGCUGGCUCCACAGGGGCGGUCAACUUGUGUAUCGUGGAUCGGGUAGGCGAUUUCACGGAGUGCGGGGAAGCUGCGCAUCAGCGACUCACGGCUGCCCUUACCCGCAGGACAGGGCCGCUUCUGGUGGUUUCCCCGGCACAGCCUCAGGCUUGCUCGCAGCGGCGCGCAUGCACUCCAAGCUGCAUGACUCCUUAA